CGAGGUUAGUAUGUUUGCGGGCAGAUGGUAGAGCUUUCGCUGCAAGCGGCAUUUGUAGGUUAUAUUUUAUAGAGUUUAUAAUUUCAAAUCGUUUCUCACUGAAAUUUCGUUUAACAUACAUUUGAUUCAAGAAAUUUAUGAAACAAUAUUAAAUAUGCUUUUUUAUUCGUUUUUUAAGUCCUUAGUGGGAAAGGAUGUCGUCGUUGAGCUAAAAAAUGAUUUGAGCAUAUGUGGCACAUUACAUUCAGUAGAUCAGUACCUCAAUAUCAAACUCACAGACAUAAGCGUUACUGACACGGAAAAAUGUCCUCACAUGCUCUCGGUGAAAAAUUGCUUUAUAAGAGGAUCUGUUGUUCGAUAUGUUCAACUGCCUGCCGAUGAAGUCGAUACACAGUUGUUGCAAGAUUCGGCAAGGAAAGAGGCUUCAGUACCUACCCGAUAAUAAUAAUCUAACUAUACUUUAGAGAGAUAAGAGGUUUUUGUUUCAUGUGGCUCCCUCAUGGUUUGACAUUAGUUUUUUUUUUAUAGUAAGUUUACUUUGAGCAAGGUGCCAGUCAAAUGUGUGAUUGGGAAGUUGAAAUUAAAUUUAUUAAGAAUGUAACAUAUUAAUUAUUUUGACAAUUUAAUAAAAAAGAUUGGGUUAG